AUGGCCAAUUGGCCGCAGCUCGCCGGGCACCACGCCGCCGCCGGCCCCACCCCGCCACCCCCGCCGACGUCGCCGUGGGUCAUCCUCGGCAGCAUCCCGCGCGUCGUCCAGGGCGGUGCCGACGUGUCGCUGGCGCUCGCCGCGCCCCCGCGCGUCUCGCGCCUGGCCGUCUCCCCGCGGGUGUUCCCGGACCGCCCCACGCCGCAGAGCUUCCCGUUCGUACCCGCCGAGGACGCCACGGGGCUGCUCCUCCUCUCGGCCAUCCUCGACGCCCCGCUCACCCGCGUCGAGAGCCCCGACCGCGAGUCGCUCCGCUGGGUGGACUCCGACCCGCGCUACUUCGUCCUCGACGCCGCCACGGGGACCGCGCUCCGCCUCCCGGACCCGGGCCCCGAGGAGCCCAUCGAGCACCAGGGGCUCCUCGGCGUCCUCGCCUGCCCCGGCGGCGGCGGCCGCUACGUGGUCUCCGAGCUCCUGCCCAUCAUCGGCAGCCACCACGCCGAGCUCCGCUGCUACUACUCCGACGCCGGCGAGUGGGUCAACAAGUGCCUGCACUACCCGCUCCCGCCGCGCCCGCUGGCUCCGCUCCGCACGCUCGCACACCUCGGCAGGCUCUGGUGGGCCGACUACUCCUGGGGAAUCAUCACCGCCAACCCCUUCGCCGACCACCCCGUGCUCGGCUUCUUCCGCUACGUCGGGGUCAGCGCCGGCAACAUGUGCUUCGUCGACACCUACCGCCUCGGCGGCGACCCCACCAAGGUCACCGUCUGGACCCUGCCCGACCCGUACGCCACGGAGUGGACGCUGGAGCACGAGGCCACCUUCGCCGACAUCUGGGCCGACGACACCUACGAGGCCACUGGCCUCCCCAAGAAGGUCCCCGUGCUCGCGCUCAUCCACCCCUAUAACCCCGCCGUCGUCUACUUCUUCCUGGAGGGCCACCUCUUCGCCGUCGACGUGCCCGCCCGCAAGGUUGUCGAGUGCGACCGCUACCAUGUGGUGGCACCUCCCCGCGACUACGGCAUCGCCAACCGAUUCGUCCGCGCUUGGGAGCUGCCGCCAUCGAUCUCCUCUGGAUGUGGCGGCACAGAGUUUGCAAGGGGAAAUGGCGUGCAGGUGGUUGUGCUCCGUGAGUUAUAG